GGAUAUUUUUUUUAUAUACAGUUGAAGUCGGGAAGUUUACAUACACCUUAGCCAAAUACAUUUAAACUCAGUUUUUCACAAUUCUUGACAUUUAAUCUGAGUAAAAGUUCCCUGUCUUUGGUCAGUUAGGAUCACCACUUUAUUUUAAGAAUGUGAAAUGUCAGAAUAAUAGUAGAGAGAAUGAUUUAUUUCAGCUUUUAUUUCUUUCAUCACAUUCCCAGUGGGUCAGAAGUUUACAUACACUCAAUUAGUAUUUGUUAGCAUUGCCUUUACAGUGUUUAUCUUGCGUCAAACGUUUUGGGUCGCCUUCCACAAGCUUCCCACAAUAAGUUGGGUAUAACGUUCGUCGUCGGGAAUGAGACCAAAGCGCAGCGUGGAAAGUGUUCAUGAUUUAAUGUUCACAAAAACACUCAAACAAAAUGACAAACGGAGAAAACGAAAGCGCACAGUUCUGUCAGGGGAAACCACCUAAACAGAAAACAAGAUCCCACAAAACCCAAACGGAAAAUCACAACUUAUAUAUGAUCCCCAAUCAGAGACAACGAUAGACAGCUGCCUCUGAUUGGGAACCACACUCUGCAAAACAACAAAGAAAUAGAAAACCGAUUUUCCCACCCGAGUCACACCCUGACCUAACCAGACAUAGAGAAUAAAUAAGGAUCUCUAAAGUCAGGGCGUGAUAUUGGGUGAAUUUUGGCCCAUUCCUCUUGACAGAGCUGGUGUAACUGAGUCAGACUUGUAGGCCUCCUUGCUCGCACACGCUUUUUCAGUUCUGCCCACACAUUUGCGACCAAGCUUUAACUUCCUGACUGAUGUCUUGAGAUGUUGCUUCAAUUUAUCCACAUCAUUUUUCUCCCUCAUGAUGCCAUCUAUUUUAUGAAGUGCACCAGUCCCUCCUGCAGCAAAGCACCCCCACAACAUGAUGCUGCCACCCCCGUGCUUCACGGUUGGGAUGGUGUUCUUCGGCUUGCAAGCCUCCCCCGUUUUCCUCCAAACAUAACGAUGGUCAUUAUGGCCAAACAGUUCUAUUUUUGUUUCAUCAGAUCAGAUGAUAUUUAUCCAAAAAGUAUGAUCUUUGUCCCCAUGUGCAGUUGCAAACCGUAGUCUGGCUUUUUUAUGGUGGUUUUGGAGCAGUGGCUUCUUCCUUGCUGAGCGGCCUUUCAGGUUAUGUCGAUAUAGGACUUGUUUUACUGUGGAUAUAGAUACUUUUGUACCUGUUUCCUCCAGCAUCUUCACAAGGUCCUUUGCUGUUGUUCUGGUAUUGAUUUGCACUUUUUGCACCAAAGUACGUUCAUCUCCUGAGCAGUAUGACGGCUGCGUGGUCCCAUGGUGUUUAUACUUGCGUACUAUUGUUUGUACAGAUGAACGUGGUACUUUCAGGCAUGUGGAAAUUGCUCCCAAGGAUGAACCAGACUUGUGGAGGUGUACAAUAUGUUUUCUGAUAUCUUGGCUGAUUUCUUUUGAUUUUUCCCAUGAUGUCAAGCAAAGGGGCACUGAGUUUGAAGGUAGGCCUUGAAAUACAUCCACAGGUACACCUCCAAUUGACUCAAAUUAUGUGCUUCUACACCUGCAUUGCUUGCUGUUUGGGGUUCUAGGCUGGGUUUCAGUACAGCACUUUGAGAUAUCAGCUGAUGUAAGAAGGGCUAUAUAAAUACAUUUGAUUUGAUUUGAUUUGAUUUAGCCUAUCAGAAGCUUCUAAAGCCAUGACAUCAUUUUCUGGAAUUUUCCAAGCUGUUUAAAGGCACAGUCAACUUAAUGUAUGAAUACUUCUGACCCACUGGAAUUGUGAUACAGUGAAUUAUAAGGUAAAUUAUCUGUCUUUAAACAAUUGUUGGAAAAAUGACUUGUGUCAUGCACAAAGUAGAUGUCCAAACCGACUUGCCAAAACUAUAGUUUUUUAACAAGAAAUGUGUGGAGUGGUUGAAAAACAAGUUUUAAUGACUCAAACCUAAGUGUAUGUAAACUUCCGACUUCAACUGUACCUGUCAGAUGCAAAACAUAAAGAUGCCAAUGUGCCAACACUGUAGUGCCAACACUGCAGCUGUGGGCCUCUGAGAGCAUGAUUUUAUUUUUGGGUCUGGAGCUCAGCUCUCUACUUGGUCCUCAUUGGUCCUCCCCAGAGGUGUCAUAGCCAUAGGGAGCAUGGGCACAAGGGCAAAUGCCCCCUCAGAUUUGAUCUGUUAAAGUUCGAAUUUGGGCACACCAAAAAAACUGUCCAACUCCACCCUUUUCUCAAUUUUCUAACAAAAAUUGGGGUGUGCUUUUGGUGGUUCGUCGACAUGUCAUUCUGGUCAUGCACACCGCAACCGACCUAGCUAGUUUGUUCGCUAAGCUAACCACUGAAACUAGUUUGUUAGCUAAGCUAACCACUGAAGCUAGUUUGUUAGCUAAGCUAACCACUGAAGCUAGUUUGUUAGCUAAGCUAACCACUGAAGCUAGUUUGUUAGCUAAGCUAAGCACUGAAGCUAGUUUGUUAGCUAAGCUAGCCAGUAACUCCUCCAGUAUGUGUUGACGUCAUUUCACAGGAUUUGUUUUGACCGGAAGCUGUAGAGAUCAGUAAGAAAGGGCACUUCUUUUGGCCAAAUAUCUUAUUCAUCCUAUUUUGUUUUGUUUUUAAGCAUUAAAUGACCUGGUAUGAUGGUGCGUUGAUCAGCUAUACAGUUUAAAAACGUUUUUUGUUGUUGCAUUUUUUGCAAAUUCCGUUCAGUGUAAACAUAAUGUAAAGGAAUGUGUGUCUUAUUCAGUUCAUUUAGUUAUUGCUUGCUUUUCUAAAGUAUACCAAACUUGCCAGCAGACAUGCCAGCUAAGAAUGUUAGACAAGCUAGCUAUUCUAAAUUGAUUUAUAGCCUGAAAUGUCUUUUUGGAAGCUAGUUAUGAGGAUGGGAGAUUAGGAACCUAUCUGGGCUUGCUAGCUAACUUCCUACAAUUGCUAGGUGUCUAGUAAUAAAUACAUGUUUGUUUUUUAAAUCAAGGAAAACGAGCACGGUGCCUCUGCAUCUUCAUGCUUUGUGCCCCCUCAAUUUUUUGAGUUGCAUGACGCCUCUGGUCCUCCCCAUCUGAGGAUGUGGCUUCCUGCUUCAAAAGUUUGGGAAGUGAAUUUUUUUCUUCUUUUUUUUUAAACCAGUCCAGAAAGCGCCGUCCCCCGUCAAUAUUUCUAAUAGUCCUCAAACAAUUUGACCAACAAACAAAAACAACAAGAAAGAAAGAAAAUCAUCAACAUGACGUCUAAUUCCAACGUGUCCAACAUGCGUCGACUUGUCGAACAAUUGAAACUCGAAGCCAGUUUGGAACGGAUUAAGGUGUCUCAGGCAGCGGCCGAGCUCCAGCAGUACUGCCAUCAGAAUGCAGCGAAAGAUGCUCUGCUUGUCGGGGUUCCGACAGGCUCCAACCCCUUCAGAGAACCACGAUCCUGUAACCUGUUCUAAGGACAGGACACAAAAACGCCGGAAUCAUCCAGAGGAAAACUUAUGUUGGAAUCCAAAAACGAUGAAAAAGUGAUCGGGUUACAUUAAUUUAAGACAUAUAUGUUUUCUCCUGUGCCACGUCGUUUUGUCGUGUUUCCUUAAUAAUAUAUAUUAUAUGAAGUAAUAAUAGGUUUGUAUAUGGAGCUCAUUUUUUACAUUUUGUUUCUUGGAUGUUAGUAUUUUUAGUCCCAAAGUUAUAAUUUUGUAUUUUUUUUUACCAGUUUGGUAACAUUUAAUAUAAACUUGAUCGUAUACAACAUUGUUAAAUUGUUCUUUUGUAAUUGCUUUGUUUUGCAUUGCAUCAUCUUAAACUGAAGAGAUGUUUUAAGUCGGGGGGGGGCUCGAAACUGCCUCGGAAUCGUUAAACUCCUUCCUUUCCUGUUGUUGAGACGUCGAUGCUUAUUGGAAAACGCUUAUAGUCAGUGACAGGAAGCUAGGUCUUCCUGUUUAAACCCACCAAAAUAUACUUAUAAUUCACAUGGAAUUCCAGUUGUUUUCAGUUACUUUCAGUUAAUUCACAACAUACAAGAUGUUGUGCUGAGACAGGGAGCGGACAGCCACGGACUGAACUUGAUCGGGUUUAUUUUAGCGUCAUGGAAAAGCUGUAACUGAUACCAAGGAAAGCACUUUCCGCCCGUAGACGGAUGUUUCCACCACCACUCAGUGUCAGUAGAGCCCCUGACCACAGGAUGUCACUGUGACUUCCCUUUCCCUUUAACUUAGAAUGUGUCCAAAAUGGCACCUUAUGGCCCCGUAGGAUUCUGGUCAAAAGUAGUGCACUAUAUAGGGAAUAGGGAGCCAUUUGAGACAUAGCGUUAUUUUGCCAUAUCCUGUUUGAUACAAGAGCGGCAGUCGUGGGUCCAGGGACCAAGGUCUCUUUCGCAAGGAAACCUAACAUUCACACAAACAUUACAAACACACUCAUUAUUGUCGUCGCCUCUUCCGGGUCUCCGAGUGGAAAAACUUCACCAGGCUUCUAAAAAAGGGGGCAAUCUGUGAUUGUUACAUUUUAAUUAUUUUUAAUUAUUGGCAUAUAGCCAUUGUUGUGUGUGAAUCCCAGAUUCCCUCAUUAAUGACUGUUAUAAGUGGUUGCCCAGUUGUUUGUUAUCGUCAGAUGAAGAGAGGUUAAUGUCAUUUAAACACGUCUGCUGAUUUAGGUUAGCCUCUCACUUAACGCUUUUCUUCUUACCAGCCUGGUGACACCUCGACAGAAAACCCUGACUUACAGUACUUCUGCUUUUUCGGAAGCAAAUCAAACUUUAUUUGUCACAUGCGCCAAAUACAACAAGUGUAUACAUUACAGUGAAAUGCUUACUUACAAGCCCUUAACCAACAGUGCAGUUCAAUAAAUAAAGUUAAGGAAAGAUUUACCAAGUAGACUAAAAUAAAAAGUAAUAAUAAAAAGUAACACAAUAACAAUAACAAGGCUUUAUACAGGGGGCACCGGUACCGAAUCAGUGUGCAGGGGUACAGGUUAGUUGAGGUAAGUUGUACAUGUAGGUAGGGGUGGAGUAACUAUGCAUAGAUAAUAAACAGCGAGUAGCAGCAGUGUACAAAACGGAGGGGGGGGGGGGUCAAUGUAAAUUGUCCGGUGGCAAUUUUAUUGAUUGUUCAGCAGUCUUAUGGCUUGGGGGUAGAAGCUGUUGAGGAGCCUUUUGGUCUUAGACUUGGCGUUCCGGUUGCCGUGCGGUAGCAGAGAAAAGUCUAUAACUUGGGUGACUGGAGUCUCUGAAAAUUGUAUGGGCUUUCCUCUGACAUCGCCUAUUAUAUAGGUCCUGGAUCAAAUCAAAUCAAAUGUAUUUAUAUAGCCCUUCUUACAUCAGCUGAUAUCUCAAAGUGCUGUACAGUAAUCCAGCCUAAAACCCCAAACAGCAAGCAAUGCAGGUGUAGAAGCACGGAUAGCAGGAAGCUUUGCCCCAGUGAUGUACUGGGCCGUUCGCACUACCCUCUAGAGGUUGUUUUAAGUUGCACCAGAAAGGCAAAUGUUUAGUAAACAAUCCAAUGUGCUGCAUAGAUUAAUUUCAGUUGAUUGUUACCUGUUCUGGUAUCUUUCAAAUAUUGUGCACUUUGUUCAAUUUUAAAAUAUGAUGUCUAAACUCAAUAAUAACAUGCUUUUGUUUCACAUUUGGCCUGUCUGUGUGUAAAUUUUAAUAAAAUAAUGUUUAACCAAAA